CAUGUACUUGGAAAACAAAAACAACCUGGAGAUUGAGAUGUCUCAGACUUUGGCUGCUGGCCACCAGGGCAGGAGUGGUCUGAGGUCACCAGAGGUCGUCGCUGGAAAUUUUGGGGAGCUGCGUCUGCUGCAGGGGAUCUCAGAGCGGGGAGACACCCAGAAGCUCCAGCAAUCUGCUGUGCUGUCCUCAGAACAGUGUGUCAUCCACACGGAGGGUUUCAUUCCUGUUCGACAAGAGGAAGAGAAUAACUUCAGUGCUGUCAACCUUCUCCGAGGAAAAACAAAUUCAGCCAAUCUUUCAGAGAGGUCACCUCUGCUGAGGUUCUCGCAGGAUGACAGUAUCACCUACAUGACUGUAUAUGAGCCCAGCUUUAUUGGAAUGGAGGAAUCAUGGGACCCCUGCUCCAUGGACAUCGAGAGACGGUAUCGGCUGGGCAGCGAGGUCGCCAGCUUGUCUCGCUCCAACUCCUCAGAGAAAUAUGACACCCUGGAAAACCUCAACCUCAGCUUCAGACUCACAAGAAGUGUCAAAUGCUGCCUCAGAGUCUCUAAAGUUGCCACAAUAUUUGCUGUUGUGGUUCUCUGCAGUCUGUUCUUCAGUAUGUAUCCAGAUCGAGAUAAUCCCUGGAGGAUGUUGGCAGUCUCCCCAACAGACAGCUUCUCAAUGAAUGUGACGGACUUUCGGGAUAAUGCUUUGCUGAAGCUACAGGUUGCAGGGCCUUUUGCAGGAGGGUUCUUAGACCUGGACACACAGGAAUACAUCCUGAUACAGGUGGAACAGUCUGAGAAACCAGGUCAACGAAGGAGAAGAGCUCAACAGGUGUUUCAUAAUUGGACCAUUCCUUUACACCCUAAGCGAACUGACCAGAUGGAGUUAACAAAAAACUUUGAGAUGCUAAGCAGUGACUCCAUUGCCAUCACAAUUCAGGCCUUCCUGCAGGAUAACGAGUUUGUGCCAUUGUCCAUUACCCACCAAUCACUCUAUGUCACCAUGGAGACACAGGUGGCUAUUGCUGGAAUCAUCUUGGCUGGCGUCUAUGUUCUCAUCAUCUUUGAGAUUGUGCACCGCACUCUGGCUGCUAUGGUAGGAUCUUUAGCAGCUUUAGCAGCACUGGCUAUCAUCGGAGAUAGACCCAGCCUGGUUACAGUGAUGGAGUGGAUUGACUACGAGACACUGGCUCUUCUGUUUGGCAUGAUGGUGCUGGUGGCCAUUUUUUCAGAAACUGGCUUCUUUGAUUAUUGUGCAGUGAAGGCUUACCAGUUAUCUAGAGGGAGAGUGUGGCCUAUGAUUAUCAUCCUGUGUCUGAUUGCUGCAAUCCUGUCAGCUUUUCUGGACAACGUGACCACUAUGAUGCUUUUCACACCUGUCACCAUACGGCUGUGUGAGGUGCUUAAUCUAGACCCCCGACAUGUCUUGAUUGCUGAAGUAAUCUUUACCAACAUCGGCGGAGCUGCCACAGCGGUCGGAGAUCCACCCAACGUGAUUAUAGUGUCAAACCAGGGCCUGCGUAGAGAAGGUCUGGGGUUUGCAGGAAAAAGGGGAUACGAGUCUCUUGGGGUAUGUCUUUUGUUGCUGAAGUCCACAUGUGAAAUGGUUGCUUGGUCUGUGCACUUAACAGUUUGCCAUGUUCUUCCAGAACUCAAGCAUGAGAUCCUGGUUUGGAGGCAAACAGCUCAGCGCAUUAACCCUGCCAGUCGAGAGGAAACAGCUGUGAAAUGCCUUCUGAUGCAGAAAGUAUUCAACCUGGAAAAUCUGCUCCGCAAGAUGAUGAAAACAUUCCAAAGAAAAAUUUCUCAGGAGGAUAAAAACUGGGAGCAAAACAUUCAAGAACUCCAAAAGAAGCACAAAAUUACUGACAGGGUUCUGUUGCUGAAGUGUGCGUCUGUCCUUGGUGUGGUGAUCUUCAUGUUUUUCCUCAACUCCUUUGUUCCCAGCAUUCACCUCGAUCUCGGUUGGAUCGCCAUCUUGGGUGCCAUUUGGCUUUUGGUUCUGGCUGACGUACAGGAUUUUGAGAUCAUCCUGCACCGAGUCGAAUGGGCAACGCUCCUGUUCUUCGCUGGACUAUUUGUUUUGAUGAAGGCAUUAGCCCAGCUGCAGCUUAUCGAUUUCAUCGGAGAGCAGACAGCACUUCUUAUAAAAGCAGUGCCAGAAGACCAGCGGCUGGCUGUAGCUAUUAUUUUAGUGAUGUGGGUCUCGGCUUUGGCUUCUUCACUUAUUGACAACAUUCCCUUCACUGCCACCAUGAUUCCAGUCCUCAUUAACCUGAGUCAGGAUUCAGAGGUAAACCUGCCAGUAAAACCUCUCAUCUUUGCUUUGGCCAUGGGAGCCUGUCUUGGCGGAAAUGGUACUUUAAUUGGAGCAUCAGCCAAUGUUGUGUGUGCAGGAAUUGCUGAACAACAUGGAUAUGGCUUUUCCUUUAUGGAGUUCUUCAAAUUGGGAUUCCCCAUGAUGGUGAUGACAUGCAUGAUCGCCAUGUGCUUCCUGCUGGCCACCCACAUCGGACUGGGGUGGAACAUGUAACACUCAGUGUUCAAUGUUCAUGUGACCACUCCUCGAAGAGUUUCAGCUCACUACAAUUGUAAAACAAGACUGAUCGAUCAUCUU